UGUGUGUGUGUGUGUGUGUAUGGUGGCUGUAGGUGUGUCUCACUACACACAGCCUCUACACGCAGCGGUCGUUGUGAACCUUUUGGCUUUCCACACAGCAGCAGCGCACUCAGACUGUUUUAGGAUGAGGAUGAAGAUGAGGGGAUGAUGCAGCUCGAACACAGGACAGAAAAUGAAGAAGCUGUGCCGAAAGCUGACGCUCGCUGUGUCUGCUCUGUUCUGGAUAGCGGCUCUGCUUUAUGUGAUCCUCCUGAACAACCGCAAAAUACCUGAGCAGCUUCAAGACACACACAGAGAGAAUGAGAUAUCAAACACAGAAUGGGAUGAUCUCCUGGAUGAGUUCGAAGAGAAGAGCUACCUUAACACUCACCGGUGGAAACCAGGACAAGAUCCCUACAGUCAGUAUGGCUUCAAUCAAAGAGAGAGCGAGAGGAUCGCCAGCAACAGAGCCCUUAAAGACACUCGCCAUCAUCGGUGUACGUUACUACACUACGACCCUGAGCUGCCGUCCACCAGCAUCGUGAUCACUCUCCACAACGAGGCACGCUCCACUCUACUGCGCACUCUGAGGAGCGUGUUGAACCGGACGCCUGUGCAUCUGAUCCAUGAGAUCAUCCUGGUGGACGAUUUCAGUGUGGAUCCCAAUGACUGUCUUCUUCUCACCAAAUUACCGAAAGUCAAGUGUCUUCGCAAUAAACAAAGAGAAGGUUUGAUCAGGUCCAGGGUUCGAGGGGCAGAUGCCGCUGAAGCAGAAGUCCUGACCUUCCUCGAGAGCCACUGUGAGGUCAACAAAGACUGGCUUCCUCCCCUGCUCCAGAGGAUUAAAGAGGACCCGAACCGUAUCGCCAGCCCGGUGAUUGACGUCAUCAACAUGGACUCGUUCUCCUACGUUGCUGCUUCCUCAAACCUACAGGGUGGUUUUGACUGGAGUCUCCAUUUCAAGUGGGAACAGCUGUCUGCUGAGAAGAGAGCCAAGAGACUCAACCCCACAGAACCCAUUAAGACACCCGUUCUGCCUGGAGGGCUGUUUGUAAUCAACAAAUCCUUCUUCAAUCACCUGGGGAAGUAUGACACGGCCAUGGAUAUCUGGGGAGGAGAGAACUUUGAGCUUUCCUUCAGAGCCUGGAUGUGUGGAGGAAGUCUGGAGAUCGUCCCCUGCAGCAGAGUCGGACAUGUUUUCCGCAAGAAACACCCGUACAUCUUCCCAGACGGCAGUGCCAAUACUUAUAUUAAGAACACGAGACGUACCGCUGAGGUCUGGAUGGAUGAGUAUAAAAUCUACUAUUUCUCCGCUCGACCUGCAGCCAGAGGCAAGUCCUAUGGAGACAUUCGUGGUCGCCAAGAACUGAGGAAGCGCCUGAAGUGCAAAUCCUUCCAGUGGUAUUUGGACAACGUCUAUCCCGAGCUCAAAGCUCCAGAUAAAUCACAAAAAUCUGGAGUUAUCCAGCAGAGACAGAACUGUCUCGAAGCCCAGCAAGCUGAGGGACAGGAAGCUCCAGUUCUCACACUCACCCCGUGCAUCAGCACCAAGACGGCAAACCAGGAGUGGAUCUAUACACACGGACAGCAGAUUCGCCAGCAGAACUUCUGCCUGUCUGUCUCUACCCUGCUGCCGGCUGCACAGAUCCUCCUCACGCCCUGCAACAUCAGUGACAGCAACCAGCACUGGCAGAAAGCAGGAACCCACCUGGAGCACCAGGUAUCACACUUCUGUCUGGACAGUGAGAUGGCUCUGGAUGGUGUGGAGAACAGCAGGAUGUUGGUGAUCAGCCCGUGUGAGCUCUCAGUACAAACACAGAGAUGGGAAAUGCCUUUCUCUUGACCCUGAACAUCUUCAGGUCACAGCGUGAGAGAGGCUCCUGUGUGGAACUGCAGGGAAGAGGACACACAUCUGCUGCACCUGCAGUCACCUACAUUGUCUGUAGCUGAAGAGGAUCCCUGAAGUGUCACAGAACAGAAAUGAGCCGAGGGGAAUGUGUUUGAACCCGAACAAGAUCUUUAUAAUAACAAUGGGGAAUAUGAAGUACAGAAAACACACACCUGCAUACCCAUACCCACACACACUCACACACACACACACAAACACACACACACACAUCUAC